AGGGUGACGCCAUUUGACGAAGAAGAAGAAAUUAGACCGAAAAAUCGACCCUGCUUGUGGAAAAGUGAAAAAAAGUGUGAAAAAGUCGUUUGUGUUGUGCUAAAUUGUGUGCAGUUUUCAAGAAUAAGGAUCAAGAAAUCGUCAAGGGAAGAUGGAGCAAUUUACGCCGAAGGAAGUUCGUAUUUUGGAGACAGUUGAGGACAUUCAGGAGCGUCGUGAGCAGGUGUUGGGGCGCUACAAUGACUUCAAGUUGGAGACGCGUCAGAAGAGGGAGAAACUGGAGGAUUCGCGACGUUUUCAGUACUUCAAACGCGACGCCGAUGAGCUCGAGAGUUGGAUUCAUGAGAAACUCCAGGCUGCGAGUGAGGAGAGCUAUCGCGAUCCGACGAAUUUGCAGGCAAAAAUCCAGAAGCAUCAGGCCUUUGAGGCUGAAGUGUCGGCGCACAGCAAUGCCAUCGUGACGCUCGAUAAUACGGGGCAGGAGAUGAUUAAUCAGCAACAUUUUGCCUCGGAGACCAUUCAGAGGCGUCUCGAUGAGCUUCAUCGUCUGUGGGAGUUGCUCCUGUCGCGUCUUGCUGAGAAGGGGAUGAAGCUGCAACAGGCUCUGGUUCUGGUGCAAUUCCUCCGUCACUGUGAGGAGGUGAUGUUCUGGAUUAAGGACAAGGAGGCCUUUGUCACGGCAGAUGAAUUUGGGCAGGAUUUGGAGCAUGUUGAGGUGUUGCAGCGGAAGUUUGAUGAAUUCCAGAAGGAUAUGGCGUCGCAGGAGUAUCGUGUGACGGAAGUGAAUCAGAUGGCGGACAAAUUGAUACAAGAUGGGCAUCCGGAGAGGGAGAUAAUUACGCGGAAGAAGGAGGAGCUCAAUGAGGCAUGGCAGCGGCUCAAGCAAUUGGCAAUUUUGCGCCAAGAGAAGCUCUUUGGGGCGCAUGAGAUUCAACGUUUCAAUCGUGAUGCUGAUGAGACUGUUGCGUGGAUUGCUGAGAAGGAUGUUGUGUUGUCAUCUGAUGAUCAUGGGAGGGAUUUAGCCAGUGUUCAGGCCCUUCAGCGCAAGCAUGAGGGUGUUGAGCGUGAUUUGGCGGCGCUGGAGGAUAAAGUGGCGACACUGAGUGAUGAAGCUCAGCGCCUGUGUAGCUCUCAUGAUGAUCACGGUGGGCAGAUUCGGGAUAAACUAGCGGAGAUUGUGCAGAAUUGGGAAUCACUGAAGAAUAAAGCAAAGGACAGGAAGGAGAAGCUCGAUGAAUCCUACUAUUUGCAUCGUUUCCUUGCGGAUUUCCGUGAUCUCAUCUCGUGGAUUAAUGGCAUGAAGGCGAUUAUUUCAGCUGAUGAGCUGGCAAAGGAUGUGGCUGGGGCUGAGGCUCUCCUUGAGCGUCAUCAGGAGCACAAAGGUGAAAUUGAUGCACGUGAAGAUAGUUUCCGCCUCACUGCUGAAUCAGGGCAUCAUCUCCUUGAGCGUCAACACUAUGCCGCGUCGGAAGUGCAAGAGAAGCUCACCGUGCUGGAGAGUGAGAAGACAUCCCUUCACAGCCUCUGGGAGGAUCGUAGGAUUCUCUAUGAGCAAUGUAUGGAUUUGCAGCUCUUCUAUCGUGACACCGAACAAGCAGACACAUGGAUGGCAAAGCAGGAAGCUUUCCUGGCCAAUGAGGAUCUCGGUGAUUCCCUGGAUUCCGUGGAGGCGCUCAUUAAGAAGCACGAAGAUUUUGAGAAGAGUCUCGCAGCGCAGGAAGAGAAAAUCAAAGCUCUCGACAUUUUUGCAACAAAACUCAUUGAUGGGCAGCACUAUGCAGCUGAUGAUGUAGCCCAGAGGCGUGCUAUGCUCCUGGCAAGGCGAUCAGCUCUCCUGGAGAAGUCCAGUGCACGACGCCUCCUGCUUGAGGACUCGAACAAACUCCAGCAAUUUGAGCGGGAUUGCGAUGAGACAAAGGGAUGGAUCAGUGAGAAGCUAAAAUUCGCAACAGAUGACAGCUACCUAGACCCAACAAACAUCAACGGGAAGGUGCAGAAACAUCAGAAUUUUGAGCAGGAACUCAAUGCAAAUAAAUCUCGCAUUGAGGACAUCACAACAGUGGGUUCAGAGCUCGUUGAUCGCAAUCACUACGCGGCGGAUCAGAUAAAUUCGCGCAUGCAGGAGAUUAUCACACUCUGGGAGACACUCGUGCAGGCUUCGGAUAAGAAGGGAUGCAAACUCCAGGAGGCAUCGCAGCAGCAGCAAUUCAAUCGCACCAUUGAGGACAUUGAGUUGUGGGUGAGUGAGAUUGAGGGGCAACUCAUGUCCGAGGACUACGGCAAGGAUUUGACGAGUGUGCAGAAUCUGCAGAAGAAGCACGCUCUCCUCGAGGCGGACGUCCUGGCGCAUCAGGAUCGUAUUGAGAGCAUCAAAGUGGCUGCUGGGAAGUUCGUGGAGAGUGGGCAUUUCGAUGCGGAGAACAUUGACAACAAGGAGAAGGCGCUCUCGAAGAGAUAUGAAACCCUCGCAGCUCCAAUGGGGGAUCGCAGGAAGCGCCUUCUUGACUCCCUUCAGGUCCAACAACUCUUCCGCGACUUGGAAGACGAAGCCGCGUGGAUUCGUGAGAAGGAACCCAUUGCUGGUUCCACAAAUCGCGGUCGUGACUUGAUUGGGGUUCAGAAUCUCAUCAAGAAGCACCAGGCUGUCCUUGCGGAGAUCAACAAUCACGAGAGUCGCCUCGCUGCGGUUGUGCAGAAUGGCGAAGUGAUGCUGAAUGAGCAGCCAUUUGCCAGUGAGGGCAUUAAGCAGCGUCUCGAUGCGCUGAAGGAUCAAUGGGCUAAUCUCAAGGAGAAAGCCCUGCAGCGGAAGCAGGAUCUUGAGGAUUCCUUGCAGGCACAUCAGUACUUUGCUGAUGCCAAUGAGGCGGAGUCGUGGAUGAAGGAGAAGGAGCCAAUUGUGUCGAGUACGGACUACGGGAAGGACGAAGACAGCUCAGAGGCUCUGUUGAAGAAGCAUGAGGCGCUCGUGUCGGAUCUUGAGGCUUUUGGGAAUACAAUUCAGUUGUUGCAGGAACAGGCAAAGAAUUGCAGGCAACAGGAGACUCCUGUUGUGGAUAUUACGGGCAAGGAGUGUGUUGUAGCGCUGUAUGAUUACACAGAGAAGUCCCCAAGGGAGGUUUCAAUGAAGAAGGGAGAUGUUUUGACACUGCUGAAUAGCAACAACAAAGAUUGGUGGAAGGUUGAGGUGAAUGAUCGUCAAGGAUUCGUUCCAGCGGCGUACAUUAAGAAGAUCGAUGCGGGUUUGUCGGCAAGUCAGCAGAAUUUAGUCGAUGGCUACUCAAUUGGCAAGAGGCAGGCGCAGAUUAAUGCGCAGUACGACAACCUUCUGGCCUUAGCGCGUGAGCGUCAAAAUAAGCUCAAUGAGACCGUGAAGGCGUACGUCCUUGUGCGUGAGGCUGCUGAUUUGGCUGCUUGGAUCAAGGAUAAGGAGAAUCAUGCUCAGAUCAAGGAUGUCGGAGAAGACUUGGAGGAAGUCGAAGUGCUCCAGAAGAAGUUUGAUGACUUCAAUGAUGACCUCAAAGCGAAUGAAGUUCGUCUGGCGAAUAUGAAUGAGAUUGCCGUUCAGUUGACAUCCUUGGGGCAGACUGAAGCUGCUCUGAAAAUCCAGACGCAAAUGCAGGAUCUCAAUGAGAAAUGGGCCACGUUGCAGCAAGUGACGACUGAACGUGCCUCCCAACUGGGGUCAGCACAUGAAGUUCAGCGGUUCCAUCGGGAUAUUGAUGAGACAAAGGAUUGGAUUGCUGAGAAGGAGAAUGCGCUGAACAAUGAUGAUCUUGGGAAGGAUUUGCGCAGCGUUCAAACACUCCAGCGCAAACAUGAAGGACUCGAACGAGAUCUAGCUGCCCUUCGCGAUAAGAUCCGUCAACUGGAUGAGACGGCAAAUCGUCUCAUGCAAUCCCAUCCAGACAGUGCUGAACAGACGUACGCUAAGCAGAAGGAGAUCAACGAAAUGUGGGAUCAGAUCACAACAAAAGCAACGGCGCGCAAGGAGAAACUUCUUGAUUCGUACGAUCUUCAGCGCUUCUUGAGUGACUAUCGGGAUCUAAUGGCUUGGAUCAGCUCCAUGAUGGGUCUUGUGACGUCUGAGGAGCUUGCAAAUGACGUUACCGGAGCCGAAGCCCUGAUUGAGCGUCAUCAGAAUCAACGGGCAGAAUUUGAUUUCCGUUACGGUAUUCCACAGGAACAUCGCACGGAAAUUGAUGCACGUGCCGGGACUUUUGCGGCUUUUGAGCAAUUCGGGACGGAGCUGCUGCAGGCCAAUCACUACGCAUCGCCUGAGAUUCAGGAGAAGAUUGAUGGGCUAGCAAAGGCUCGUGAGGAGUUGGAGAAGGCAUGGACAAUGCGUCGUUUGCAGUUGGAUCAAAAUCUCGAUCUUCAGCUGUAUUUGCGUGAUUGCGAGCAAGCGGAGAACUGGAUGUCGGCCCGUGAGGCCUUCCUCAAUGCUGAAGAGGUGGACUCCAAGGGGGACAACGUAGAGGCGCUGAUAAAGAAGCACGAGGACUUUGACAAGGCCAUCAAUGGGCAUGAGGAGAAGAUUGCAGCGCUGCAGGUGUUGGCUGAUCAGUUAACAGCACAGGAUCACUACGCAUCGAAGGAGAUUGACGACAAGCGCCAGCAGGUGUUGGAACGUUGGAGACACCUCAAGGAGGGAUUGAUUGAGAAGCGCUCAAGACUCGGGGAUGAGCAGACACUCCAGCAAUUCAGUCGGGAUGCAGAUGAGAUUGAAAAUUGGAUUGCGGAGAAGUUGCAAUUGGCAACGGAGGAGAGCUACAAGGAUCCCGCGAAUAUUCAGUCGAAACAUCAGAAGCAUCAGGCCUUUGAGGCUGAAUUGGCAGCCAAUGCUGAUCGUAUUCAGAGCGUCCUUGCCAUGGGUGGGAAUUUGAUCGAUAAGAAGCAGUGCAGCGGAAGUGAGGAUGCCGUUCAGAAGCGCUUGUCAUCCAUUGCGGAUCAGUGGGAGUAUCUGACGCAGAAGACAACGGAGAAGUCGUUGAAGUUGAAGGAGGCCAACAAGCAGAGGACUUACAUUGCAGCCGUCAAGGAUCUUGACUUCUGGCUCGGAGAAGUUGAGAGUUUGCUAACGUCUGAGGAUGCCGGGAAGGAUUUGGCCUCAGUGCAGAAUUUGAUGAAGAAGCAACAGCUGGUUGAGGCGGAUAUUCAGGCACAUGAGGAUCGUAUUAAGGAUAUGAAUCAACAGGCUGACUCCUUGGUUGAUAGUGGGCAGUUUGACAGUGCUGGCAUUCAGGAGAAGCGUCAAUCGAUUAAUGAGCGCUAUGAGCGUAUUAGGAAUUUGGCAGCUCAUCGUCAGGCAAGGCUCAAUGAGGCUCUAACGCUGCAUCAGUUCUUCCGUGACAUUGCCGAUGAGGAGAGUUGGAUCAAGGAGAAGAAGCUCCUUGUGGGAAGCGACGACUACGGGCGAGAUUUGACGGGUGUGCAGAAUCUCAAGAAGAAGCACAAACGUCUCGAGGCUGAGUUGGCAUCGCACGAACCAGCUAUUCAGGCUGUCCAGGAGGCUGGAGAGAAGUUGAUGGAUGUCUCCAAUUUGGGCGUUCCGGAGAUUGAGCAGCGUCUCAAGGCUCUCAAUCAGGCAUGGGCUGAACUUAAGGGCUUAGCAGCCACACGUGGGCAGAAGCUCGAUGAAUCGUUGAUCUAUCAGCAAUUCCUUGCGAAGGUUGAGGAGGAAGAAGCCUGGAUUACGGAGAAGCAACAGCUGCUAUCCGUUGAGGACUACGGAGACUCCAUGGCAGCCGUUCAGGGUUUGCUGAAGAAGCACGACGCCUUUGAGACGGACUUUGCGGCACAUCGUGAUCGUUGCUCCGACAUUUGUGAGCACGGAGCGAAACUCGUGGCGAACAAUAAUCAUCAUCAGGACAGCAUUAAGCAGAGAUGUGCACAGCUGCAGACGAAACUCGAUAACUUGUCGAGCUUGGCUACAAGGCGCAAGGCGGCUCUCCUGGACAAUUCGGCGUACUUGCAGUUCAUGUGGAAGGCGGACGUUGUUGAGAGUUGGAUUGCCGACAAGGAGAACUACGUGCGGAGCGAGGAGUACGGACGUGAUCUGUCCACCGUGCAGACACUGCUCACGAAACAGGAGACCUUUGAUGCUGGUCUCACAGCUUUUGAGCAGGAGGGUAUCCACAACAUCACAGCGCUGAAGGAUCAACUAAUUGGCGCAAAUCACGCACAAUCCCCGUCAAUCAUUAAGCGCCAUGAGGAUGUCCUGGCGCGUUGGCAGAAGUUGCGUGAGGCAUCUGAUGCUCGCAAAUUCCGCCUUCUCUCAAUGCAAGAUCAAUUCCGGCAGAUUGAGGAGCUGUACUUGACAUUCGCCAAGAAGGCUUCGGCCUUCAAUUCGUGGUUUGAGAAUGCCGAAGAGGAUCUCACGGAUCCCGUUCGGUGCAAUUCAAUUGAGGAGAUCAAAGCUCUGCGUGAGGCUCAUGCCCAAUUCCAGGCAUCCCUCUCGUCGGCUGAGGCGGACUUCAAGGCACUCGCGGCGCUUGAUCAGAAGAUAAAGAGCUUCAAUGUUGGUCCCAACCCGUACACGUGGUUCACGAUGGAGGCCCUCGAGGACACCUGGCGCAACCUGCAGAAGAUUAUCGAAGAACGCGAUGGGGAACUCGCCAAGGAGGCUCACCGCCAAGAGGAGAAUGAUAAGUUAAGGAAGGAAUUCGCCAAGCAUGCCAAUCUCUUCCAUCAGUGGCUCACAGAAACGAGAUUUUUUAUUCUCGGCUGGGAUAAUAAUGGAACAUCAAUGAUGGAGGGUUCGGGAUCGUUGGAGCAACAAUUGGAGGCGUUGCGCAUUAAGGCGGUUGAAGUGCGUGCCCGUCGGGUUGAUUUGAAGAAAAUUGAAGAAUUGGGCGCCCUCCUGGAGGAACAUUUGAUUCUCGAUAAUCGCUACACGGAACAUUCAACGGUGGGUUUGGCACAGCAAUGGGAUCAACUUGAUCAGCUCUCAAUGCGAAUGCAGCACAAUUUGGAGCAGCAAAUUCAGGCGCGUAAUCACUCGGGGGUGUCGGAGGACAGCCUGAAGGAGUUCAGUAUGAUGUUUAAGCACUUUGACAAGGAUAAGAGUGGAAAGUUGAAUCAUCAGGAAUUCAAGAGUUGCCUCCGUGCCCUCGGCUAUGACCUACCAAUGGUGGAGGAGGGUCAGCCGGAUCCGGAAUUUGAGGAUAUUUUGAGUGUUGUCGACCCGAAUAGGGAUGGGUAUGUGUCACUGCAGGAGUACAUUGCCUUCAUGAUAUCGAAAGAGACGGAGAAUGUGCAGAGUUAUGAGGAGAUUGAGAAUGCAUUUAGAGCUAUAACGGCCUCAGAUCGACCCUAUGUCACGAAGGAGGAGCUCUAUUGCAACCUGACAAAGGAUAUGGCGGAUUAUUGUGUAAAUCGAAUGAAACCCUAUGUGGAUCCCAAAUCCGGAAAUGCCGUUGCGGGGGCGCUGGAUUAUAUUGAUUUCACAAGAACGCUCUUCCAGAAUUAAUAAAAGAAUGAAGAGAGAGCUUCCGCCAGCAGCUGCUUCCUGCCUUUAGAGAGAGAGAGAGAGAAGGGGUUGGGAUAGAAUUUUUAAGAAGAAACUUCAAAUUUAAAUUAUAUAAACAAAUCACAUAAAAAUAUAUUCCUCCACUACCCCGCAAAUUUUUCCAGCACUCUGCAAAAUCUUCAAGAUUUUUCAAUCAUGAGUAAUCUUCUUUCCUUUCAUCAAUUUAUCUCUUAUUCUUAUUAUUAUUAUUAUUAAUUAUUCAUACAU